CGUGAAGGGCAAGCGUGUCCCCCGGGAGAGCUUAUGACUGUAGGGUGUGUCGAGUGAUUUCCCCCGGUAGCAGUGCCUGACCAAAUAAACUCACGAGGAAGCUCUGGCCUCAGGUAGAAAUCACUGCCUUGGAUCCUGAGGUGCCUCUCUUUACACAUGCUAUCAAUCAGGUCUGUUCCCAAGAAAGGGGAUCAAGAUAAAAUCGAUUAAUUCCCCAAAGGAACUGCUUGCUACAAAGGGUGGGAUGCCAUAACCAUUGUGAGUCAGAGAGACUGAGGUAUCAUGGACUCCUGGAUCUUCCCAUCUUCCCCUCCUAACCUGUCAGACCACCGCAUGUAUGACAGCUUCUUGCAGGGUAAUGAGUCUGACCCCCAUGGGAACUACACAGACCACAGCUUCAACAGAAUCAGCACGGGGGUCAUCACCUGCAUGUACUUUCUGGUUUGCACUUUGGGGCUCUGUGGAAAUGCCCUCGUCAUCUACGUCAUCCUGCGCUACGCUAAGAUGAAGACAGUCACCAACAUCUACAUCCUCAACCUAGCGGUGGCUGACGUGCUCUUCAUGCUGGGCCUGCCCUUCAUCGCAAUCCAGUUGGCGCUGGUCCACUGGCCCUUUGGCCCUGUACUCUGCAGGGUGGUGAUGACCGUCGACUCCCUGAACCAGUUCACUUCCAUCUUCUGCCUGAUGGUCAUGAGCAUUGACCGCUACCUGGCUGUGGUGCAUCCAAUUAAGUCCACAAAGUGGCGCAAGCCUCGCAUGGCCAAGACCAUCAACUUAGCGGUGUGGGGGGUGUCGCUGAUGGUUAACCUGCCCAUCGUUAUCUACAGUGGCCUCAUCAUAAAGCAUGAUGGCUGCUUCUGCACCAUUGUAUGGCCUGAGCCUGAGGAGGCCUACUACACAGCGUUCAUGUUCUAUACCUUCAUCCUGGGCUUCUUCCUGCCCCUCAUGGUCAUCUGCCUGUGCUACUUGUUUAUCAUCAUCAAGGUGAAGUCCUCAGGCAUCCGUGUGGGCUCCUCCAAGAGGAAGCGCUCAGAGAGGAAGGUGACCCGGAUGGUGUCCAUUGUGGUGGCAGUGUUUGUCUUCUGCUGGCUGCCUUUCUACAUCUUCAACGUCACCUCAGUAACGGGCACCAUCAGCACCACUCCCAUCCUGAGGAGCACUUUUGCUUUUGUGGUGGUACUAGGAUACGCUAACAGCUGCGCCAACCCCAUCCUCUACGCUUUCCUGUCGGAGAACUUCAAGAAGAGUUUCCAGAAUGUUCUCUGUCUUAAGAAGGUGGGAGGGCUGGAUGAGGUUGAGCGCAGCGACAGCCGGAAGGAUAAAUCUCGCAUGAUGAAUGACCCGACGGAGACCCAAAGUACUCUGCUGAAUGGCGACCUGAAGAUCAGCAUCUGAGAGGAAGGUGAUAGGGUUUGCAUACGCACUCAUGCGGACAGCAAUCUCUCUGAAACUGGAAACGGUCAGGAAUUAUGAAUCUCUCUAAGGUCACAUCCGAGGGGACCUUAUUAAAUAUUAAACAAGGAGUUCAGAGAGGAGCAUGUGACUUAUUAAGGAGGGAAAAGCACCAACAGAAAUGAAAAAUCAAAGUGAUGUCAAACUGGACUGUUUUCUGUCUGCCUUUGGCACACUGGUCCCUGGCUUUACACAAAUCCAUUAUAACAUAAUCACAAGUCCAUACAAAUGUUUGCUCUGUGCUGUAAAUGAAAUGAAAAUGAAAUCGGUUUCACUGUUCGUCCGCAGUGUAUUGACUUUGGAGUAAGGUAGAAUGGACACUGACGCCCACUUGUAAAUGGUCGCCGGGGUGACAUAAAUUUAACGCGGAGGCCCAGGAUUAUAUACGUGGUUUACAGGAGAGGGCCUAUGCCAAGGUUUGAUUCUUGUGUGUUGUGCAAAAAUAACAACAUGACGGUAUGCUCAUAUGCUGUAAAACAACACACUCUUUGACACGCAAAAAUUGUCAUUCCGCUAUUCUUGCUCUGAUCUCGUCUACAGGUUAUUUUCUCUGGAGAGUUGGAUGAAUGCAGCUAAUUGUACAGAAAGUGGGCAAGGAGACUGUAUACACAGUCGGAGGAUUUUGUGUGUGUGAGCAGUUUUACCUGUCACACAAAUGUAUCAAAUAUAUAUAUGUGUGUAUAGCAUAGUUUAGUCAGUAGUCAGAUAUUGAGCGCUGUGUAAUUUUCCCCUGUUUCAUUAUAGCUAUGUGCAUAAUUUAUAUUACGUUAAUGGUACUGGCUCGGGCAUUAUACCAAGCUAGCCUCUAACCAAAGUGCUGCUAAGAUGUAUAGAAACUCUAAUACAGUAUUGUGUAGUAUUACAUAAAAUAAUUUCACUAUAUGCCAAUUUCUGCGGGACUGAAUUUCUGUUGGGAAUUGUUCUUUAUCAUGGCUCAUUUACCAUGAUUAAUGUAUAUCAUGUAAUAAUGUUUCCGUGAUUGUUUUCAUUUGUGACAGUAACCGCUUUUAUCAAAAAUGCCACACGGCAUGUUUCUAAAUUCUUCAGUAUAAAAGCUGAGUAGUGGCUCAGCUUCACGUUUUUAUGUCAUCUGAGAGCAUACAACCUGCUCAGAUAACAUUUCGUUACUUGAUUGUCAUUCUCCCAUUUCCCGUCCACCAACCUCCCCAGGGUUUUAGUUUGUGCCAAAGGUCACGGGUCACCCGGUGACUAACACACACUUUCCCUGUAUUUGGGUAGUGUUAUUAGAAGAGGAUGUGUCACGAUCCUAGAACUAGUGAAGCACUGGGAGAGCGUUUUUAACUUAAGCUAGAUUUAAACAGAUUUUCUUUCAAACACAGGUUUAUUUUAUUAUUUUAUUAUGGGAUUGUUUCCCUGUGCUGUAUUAUAGAAAACACUGUAUGGUGAGUGUCUGUUAUGACGUUUUGGUUACUCCUCUACAGGGACUUAGCCUGUCCCCUGCUGCUUCCCACAGCGAGCUACUGGCAAACACUUUGUAUGCAGACAUUGGCCCAUCCUUCUCUUAUAAUCUGUGGUAUUUGGGAGGCCACGUUUCGAGGGGGGGGGGGUGGUUCCGGACACCAGGCGUCUGAAUUUGUGAAGGGCUAGAACACCGAUCCUUGAAAGGCUCUGGCGUUCCUUCAUCACCAUCAUCACUCUGCUACUCCAGGAGUCUACAGUUCAGCUUGCCAUCCUGGGAUCCCCCAUCUUUGCUGUAGUCAGAUUACUACAUGUAUGACUUAUUAAACCUUUACCCUACACAUGCUAGUUCCCACAUAUACAGCAAAGCCAGUGACAGAUUAUGAUUAGUGUGCAAAGUACUCAGAGUGUCUGUGUGAUUGUAUUUCACCUUGAUUUCAACGUCCCAGCCAGUCUAGCAAAAAUGUGAGGUAAAAUGUAUAUACAUAUAUAUUCAACGUAUCCAAACCACCUUAAGCAUGUUGUUUUGAAUAUGUGCAUAUUGUAUUACUGCUUCAUAUGUGAGUCAUGUAUGAUACAGAGAACACUUGCACACACAUUGCCUCAAACCAUGACUAAUCAAAUUCCAUAUCUAAUUUCUGUCUCUGCAGUACUGCCUGGCCUGUUUGGCCUGUAACAUCUCAUUACCUCUCAAUAAAAUGAGACACCUCUAGUGUCCUAUAUUUCCAUAGCAACAGUUACUAAGAAUGGUGGUCCCAUGGUUAAAUUCAUCAGCAUAAUGAUUAUGGAGAGAUGACUCUGGACAUGAAUUAUGAAUGUAGAUGUUGCUUACAUGACUGAAGAAAAAAAAAGAAAAAAAAGCUGGAUCAAGACCACCACCCAACCAAACAGUUCAGUAGACUUAAACCAGUAUAGAGUGUAUAGUUUGUGUUAGUGUGCAGUAGAAAAUGUAAGCCAGAGCAAAACAAACAUCUCGCUUUCUGUGUCAUAGUAGCAGAUAUUACAGAAAACAGGACAGUGUCAUUGUUUACUGUCAGUUAAUGCAGGCUGGACAUGCAUAAGUUGUACAAUAUCAUCCAGCUGUUUUAGAGUUGUAAGUCAUUAUAUUUCUGGCAAGGAUUUCUCUUACAAUGCUUACUUUAUUUUUCAGCUUUUUUUUUUAAAAUAGCUGCCUUUUUUUAAGACUACAUUGCAGAAUUUCUACUUGGUACUGGUGUAAUAGUUUAGUGUGUUUUUUUUUUUAUUAUGAGCUUUGUUUUUUUUAAUGCUAAAAAGCUAAAAGGUUACUCUUUAAAUUUUACGACCAUUGUUAAAAUUUUGACUGUUUCCGUAGAAAGUUUGCAUUAUGCAUGUUCUUCCAUUUUCCAUAACACUGAAACACCACGUUUGA